AUGAAGUCGUUUUCUGUUGCUCUCGCGCUCAUUGCGCCUGUCCAAGCAGGUUUGCGGUUUGGCUGCUCCUCGCUCACGAUCCAGAGGAUCGACCCCGUCGUCGAGCCAGGACACAACCCAUCCGCUCAUGUUCACCACAUUGUCGGAGGAAAUGCUUUCAAUGCUACUAUGACUGGCGAUGUUGGAUCCAGGGCUACCUGUACAACUUGCGAGAUGGCGGAAGAUUUCAGCAAUUAUUGGACUGCAGUGCUAUUCAUAGUCAAGCAUCCCACCAAUGGCUCUUAUCACCGAGUACCGGUUAAGAGCAAUGCCGCUCUAGCUGCUGGAACUACCGGUGGAAUGACUAUCUACUAUACUCAGCAGCAAUACAUCACUGCAUUCCCACCGGGCUUCAGAAUGACGGUCGGAUCGCCAACAACCAGCACUCUUGACCAGGCUAGGAAGCACAUUGGCUUGCGCUACAAUUGCCUUCAGACACUCCUCAACCGAGGCGCAGAGAUGGCUGAUUUCCCCACCAAGCCAUGCCCAGCUGGCAUUUUUACCGUUCACCAUUUCCCCGCCUGCUGGGAUGGAAAGAAUCUUGACAGCCCCGACCACCAAUCUCACAUGUACAACACAAUCCAAUAUGACGGGUUUACAAAUGCGCCACCAUGCCCUGCCAGUCAUCCAGUGCGCAUGCCCCAGGUGACCUACGAAACCGUCUGGGACACAACCAAGUUCAACAGCAUGUGGCCAUCAGGAGCUCCCAACCCAUUUGUCUGGAGUUUCCACGGAUCUUCCGGCUACGGCACGCAUGCCGAUUACAUGUUCGGAUGGAAAGGCGACUCCCUGCAGCGCGCGAUGAACAAGUCCGAGUGCUUCUAUGAUGGCUGCGGCUCCAUCAAGAAGCAGACGAUGAACAUUGCCAACCAGUGUACUGUCAAGGACAUGGUCGGUGAGGUAACUGAUGGAUGGCUUACUGCUCUCCCCGGUCAGCAGAUGUAA